CUUCUCGGUUAACUUUAACGGACUGUGAAACAAUCGCCAACAUGUCUUCAGGUGGGCCAGGGGACUUAUUUGCAUGGAGCGAGACAAAGGAUGCCGAUGAGGGAACUCAGGAAUUUUGUGAUAAGGUGAAGGGAGAGGUGGAGAAAACAACAGGCCAAAGCUUUGCAGAUUACAAAGCAGUGAAAUACAGGAAUAAGAGUCUGUGUGGAGGAGAACACUUCGUCAUCAAGGUUCAAGUUGGAGAAACCGACUACAUUCAUCUGUAUGUCGCUCGUGUGACUGGGAUUCAACACCCGGAGAGAGUACCUCCAUCACUGAAAGGUGUACAGCAGAACAAAACCAAAGAGGACCCCCUGGAACCUUUUUAGAGACUGAUCCCACAACCUGUUUCAACAGUGACAGUCUUACAGGCUGCAGUCUAAUAUUAAAAUGCUCUGCUUCUUUAUUCUGAAAUGAUCUGACGCUGACUUUAAAUGCAUUAACACACAGAGAUAAAGACAUUUGGUGUUGGGAAGCAGCAAGUUGAAUGCAAUACCUUCUGAAGACAUAAUAAAGAUCAGAUCAUUGAAAAUCUA